AGUGAGACGUUUAAUUUCGUCUGUUCUAAGAAUUAAAACAGCUUGUUUCUUGUAACGCAAAGCGCUUUCUUGCUGCACGCUACUUUUGAAUUCUUACAAACACAUUUUGGACUAUAAAUUACAUGAUGACCCUGAAUGUAACGUGCAUAGGUGAUUUAAAUGCAUCCAAUGCCAAUUUAUUUUAUCACACUGUAAUCCAAAAUUGUAAUCCACUGUGUCAGAACCAACCAAUCAAAGCAGAGAAGAGGGUCUUAGCGUGAGGUCGCAAUUAACUCUUAUUGUUUUUUGUCAUUUUGACUGAAGAUUUUCCGUCACAUCAUAUUUUUACCCAUCAAUUUGUGAAUAAUAAUAUUGACAUUAACAGACUAUUAAGUUGCAUUAAAUUUUAUUCGGGUUGAUUAAUAUUCGUCAACACAUGAACACAUUUUCUCUACAGGGACAAAAAAGUGUGACCCAACUAAUAACUGCAUAUUAUUACUUGCAAUAAUAUUUUUUGUAAUAAUAUGUAGUUAUGAAUGAUAAUUUUAUCUCCCUAAAUUAUGAGCGCUUCCCCAGCUGUGAACGCCGCAGCCUCACAACUUCCUGCAUCUGGAGGGGAAAAUCUGUGCUUGAGUUUUGAUAAUUUGACAGAUAAUGAGUCUGACCCAGAUCCAACACGAUCGAUUGACUUUUUAAUCAGCCUCGGAUUAGGAGUCCGAGGCUGAAUCACACGCGACGUGAUAUUUUAAUUAGAAAUUUCCUGCUUUUGGUUUUAGGUCACUGUUUGAGUUUGCAUUUUGCAGCUUCUCCUCUUUUUAGCUUCUGCUUAACGUCCUGCCACUGGGAUGCUCAAGCCAGCUAGCGUGGCCACCUAGCUUGAGCACAUUUCCCCGCAACGGUAAAUUAUUUCUACCUCAUUAGCAGGGGUAGCAGCGUGUACACGAGUGUGAAGCCCAGCCAGCCUCCGCCAUGUUUCUUUUGACCGUCACAGUCUCCUCCAUCUCGUCUCCAGUCUGUACACCGGUGCACACCGAGGACGUCUUCCACUGCGCUGUUGACCAGUCCGAACACUGCUGCCACCUGGUGACUGGAGGAUGAACGCAAUUAAAAAUGUUCAUUAUUCUGACAGAGACAACAAACAGUCUGACAUCGGUAGCGACAGUGGCAGGCGGUCCGUCACCGGUUCGAUUCCCGCUUGUUGCGUCCUUGGGCAAUCAGGGAUGACGGUGCAAAUAAAGCGACCUCACUUCCAUCAGACUGUAGCUACAAAUCAAACAUGAGAAAAGGUCAUAAAUAAGAUGCUUAAAACAUUUCAGUGACGAGUCUUCCUGUAAUUUAAGUUGUGUGUGUAUUUUUCGUUAAUACUAUUUUUUACGCUUUACCUUUUGUAGCAUGCGACUAGUUUGCUCUGCGAGGAAUUUUUAUUUGAAAAAAACAAAACAAAAAAAAACAUGGAGGUUAUUUAAAAGGCAAAUAACUACCAUGGCAAAAACAAAAUCAGCUGGGUAAUAGAACACCAUCGGUGCAGCUUUGACAUGCAAUACUGAACAGAGAUCUGUUUUUUUUAGGAGUGUGUUUGCAUAUCUUACAUAAAAGUGUUGCGUGUUUUCGGUUCGUCUACUUGUUUAUUCUUCUCCUUAUGAAUGGCUUGCUUGUCAAAAUUGUCCCUGUCGUGCUUGAAUAUUUAAAUUAUGAAACGGGAAAAGUCAGCUUCCCUUCAGAAAUGAUGCACGCGGCUCACCUCAGGCAGUUUUCAGCAGAGGAUCAAGAGAAGAGCAUCAACUCACUGAGGGACAAAAAGGAAACAGAUAGACAAACUGCUGGAGGAAAAUAAUUCAUCUGACAGCAAAGAUGCAGUGGAGUCUGAUUCUGCUCUUCCUGAUGGCUCAGUGUUGCUUCAUUGACUGUCAGCUCUAUGAGUUUCACUACAUUAAUGAGAAUAAAACCUGGACUGAAGCUCAGCAGUACUGCAGAGAGAAACACACUGACCUGGCCACAGUGACUAACAUGACAGACAUGGAGAGACUCAUCAACAUCUCAGUUGGAUAUCAGACAGAAGCUUGGAUUGGUCUGUAUGAUCAAACACAUGGUACCAGAACUGGGUUCUGGUCUCUGCCUGGAGAGGAGUUCAGUGACGACGACUCAAACUUGAACCCAGGAGGAACAUAUGAUUGUGGAAAACAGGAGAAUUGUGGGUUGUUGGUAAAUACUUCUACAAGGGGAUAUGCGAGUUGCUCCAUCCAAAGAUAUUUCCUCUGCUACAAUGAAACCAACACAACCCAUAAAUAUCACCUGAUUGAAGAGUUGAAGACCUGGCAGGAAGCUCAGAGUUACUGCAGAGAGAAACACACAGACCUGAUGAGUGGAAUGAACCAACUGCUGGAUGGAGAACUGGAGGAAGUGAUGAAGUCCACACACAGAAAACCAUUCUUCGGUCUGUUCAGAGACACCUGGAGGUGGUCAGAUGGAAGCAGUUUCUCUUUCAGAAACUGGAAUAAUGAUUUUAACAAUAAUCAACCCAACAGUGGUCAAUGUGCCACAACUGUGUUUGAGGACGGAGGCAGAUGGAAGAAUGAGAACUGUGAUGAGAAAAAACCCUUCAUCUGUUAUUCUGAUAAAGUGAUCCUGAUCAAAGAAAAUAAAUCCUGGGAGGACGCCUUGAACUACUGCAGACAGAACCACCAUGACCUGGUCACCAUCACCAACAUGGAUGAUCAGAGAUGGAUCCAGCAGAAAGUCAAGAACGCAUCGACUCCUUUCGUCUGGUUGGGUCUGCACUACACCUGGACCCUACAUUUCUGGGUCUGGGUCAGUGACGAGGAGGUCAGCUUCGAGAACUGGGCCUCAUGUCCCCAGGGAAACGACUGUGACGUGUCUGGAGCCAUGGAGACCAGAAGAGGACAUAGGUGGCUGGAAAAAAAAGACAGUGAGACAUUUAAUUUCGUCUGCUCUAAAUAAUGAGACGACUGGAAAGAAUGAAGAGUCCACUGCACUGAACCCCAUCGAAAAGCUCCACCAAAUAUUGAUCUCGAAUUUCUUCCUGAGUUAAAAUAUUUGAUUUGUUGUUUCUAAAUGAACAUGAACUCGUUUCCUUUGUAUCAUUUGAGGUCUGAAAUCUCUGCAUCUUUUUCAUUAUUUUUGACCUUUUUUUCAUUUUCUGCAGAUAAGCACGAAAUUUUCACUUGGAGUUUCAGAGACAUGUUGUCAGUAGUUUGUAGAAUAGAAAGAACAAUGUUCAUUUUACUCAAACAUAUAGUAACAUCAGAGAAUCUGGUCCUUUUAACCCUCCUGUUGUCCUCGGCUUAUGUCGACCGAGGACAAGCCCUUAAAAAAUAUGUUUUUCAAUUGCAGCUGCAUACAGAAACUUUAAUCUAACAGUCCUGCAUCAGAACUAUGGUGUGCACAACUCAGGGGGAAGUUUAGGCUCAAGCAA